AAACCCCAACAGGACGUGAGGGAGAAGUCAGCAGUCGGAGUUCAGAGCCCCAAAGAAAGUGACUUCAUUGAAGUUGAACUGAACAGGUAAGAGCUCAGUUACCAAAAUCGACUAAAAGGGUGUGAGCUGGGCAUUAACCCAGAGCAAGUGGAAAAGAUCAGAAAGCUACCAAACACACUGCUAAGGAAGGACAAAGACAUUCUAACUAUGGAACUUUGAGAAGUAGAACUCAUUUUGAUGAAAAAUGGAAGCUCUGAAGUGAUAGACUACACACCGUCUCUGACCGAGAGGCCCUGCUACAAUUGCAAUGCUGUGAAAAUGACAUAUUAAAAAAUCCCAGAGGGGGUGGCCAGAUGGCUCAGUUGGUUAGAGCGUGAGCUCUUAACAGCAGGGUUGCCAGUUCGAUUCCCACACGGGCCAGUGAGCUGCGCCCUCCA